CCAAGUAUUUCAGUCUUCGCCUGCUACAGGAAGCCUAGAGACCAAACAAUGGAGGAAGAGAAGAACGGCACGACCAACGCUGUAGUGACAGAGAGCGAGGAAGAGCCUGUUGUUGGGCCAGGGCCAGCGAAGAGAGCUCGCCCUAAGCGUCCUCUCCAGUUCGAGCAAGCAUAUCUCGACGCCCUCCCCUCCGCUAACAUGUAUGAGAAAAGUUAUAUGCACCGGGAUGUGGUUACGCAUGUGGCCGUAUCAGCAGCUGAAUUUUUCAUAACUGGAAGCAUUGAUGGGCAUUUGAAAUUUUGGAAGAAAAAAGCUAUUGGCAUUGAGUUUGCAAAGCAUUUCAGAUCCCACCUUGGUCCCAUAGAAGGUCUAGCGGUUAGCGCAGAUGGUCUUCUUUGUUGUACUAUUUCAAGCGAUCGUUCAGUGAAGGUGUAUGAUGUUGUUAAUUAUGAUAUGAUGGUUAUGAUUCGCUUAUCGUAUGUUGCUGGUAGCGUUGAAUGGGUCUACAAACAAGGGGAUGUCAAGGCUAAUGUAGUUGUUAGUGAUCGGAACUCCUCAUAUGUGCAUAUAUAUGAUGUACGAGCUGGUUCAAAUGAGCCCAUCAUCUCAAGAGAGAUACACUUGGGGCCUAUAAAAGUUAUGAGGUACAAUCCUGUAUUUGACGCUGUUAUAUCAAGUGAUGCAAAGGGAAUAAUAGAAUAUUGGAGCCCUACUGAUCUUCAGUUCCCUGCAAGCGAGGUGAAUUUUAAGUUGAAAAGUGAUACUGAUCUAUUUGAAAUUGUGAAGUGCAAAACCACCGUUUCUACAAUUGAGGUAAGCCCGGAUGGUAAGCAAUUUUCCAUUACAUCACCCGAUCGUAGAAUACGCAUAUUUUGGUUCAGAACAGGGAAACUAAGACGCGUUUAUGAUGAAUCACUUGAGGUGGCUCAAGACCUUCAGAGAAGUGAUGUCCCCAUGUACCGGUUAGAAGCUAUUGAUUUUGGACGAAGGAUGGCGGUUGAGAAGGAAAUUGAAAAAACAGAAAUUGCACCAUCACCAAAUGCUGUUUUUGAUGAAAGCUCUAACUUUCUCAUAUAUGCAACUUUACUUGGUAUAAAAAUAGUAAAUAUGCAUACCAACAAAGUUGCUCGAAUUCUAGGAAAGGUGGAGAGCAAUGACAGGUUCCUGAAAGUUGCCUUGUAUCAGGGCGAUCGAAGUAGUAAAAAAGCGAGAAAAAUUCCUGCAGCUGCAGCAAAUGUCAAUGAAAGCAAGGAGCCUUUGACAGAUCCUACUAUUUUAUGCUGUGCUUUCAAGAAACACCGGAUCUAUUUAUUCAGCCAGAGGGAACCCGAGGAGCCUGAAGAUGCAACUAAGGGAAGAGAUGUGUUCAAUGAGAAGCCUCCACCGGAUGAACUUUUGGCUGUAUCAGAUAUCGGGAAGGCUGUCACAACAUCUCUACCUGACACUGUGAUCCUGCAUACAACAAUGGGUGACAUUCACAUGAAACUGUACCCUGAGGAGUGUCCAAAAACUGUGGAGAACUUUACAACACACUGCCGGAAUGGGUAUUAUGAUAAUCUCAUUUUUCAUCGUGUCAUCAAAGGUUUCAUGAUACAGACAGGAGAUCCUCUGGGAGAUGGCACUGGUGGACAGUCUAUUUGGGGAAGGGAGUUUGAGGAUGAGUUCCACAAAAGUUUACGACAUGACAGGCCCUUCACGGUAUCCAUGGCUAAUGCUGGCCCAAAUACAAAUGGCUCACAGUUCUUUAUCACCACAGUGGCUACUCCAUGGCUGGACAAUAAACACACAGUUUUUGGAAGAGUUUCCAAGGGAAUGGAUGUUGUCCAGGCUUUAGAGAAGGUAAAAACUGACAAGACAGACAAGCCAUAUCAAGAUGUGAAAAUAUUAAAUGUGACUGUCCCCAAGUCAUAGGAGAAGCUCCUCACUGGUUAUCCAUCAACGUAUGAUAGCAGCGGUUGCGACGAUUAUUGCUUCAAAAAACUAUGCCUGGUAUCUUUCGCUUGAUUAUGGUUGGGAAAACAGAGGAAGUACAAAAUGAUAGUUUUUAAUCUGAUUUCACUUCUUAUCUUCUGAAAAUUUUGGGUCUCAUUGUUGUAUUGGUAUUUGGUAGCUUGUGUGUAAAACAUUAGUCUUCUAUUAACUUCAUCUUUGAUUGGUUUUGUUUUAUGUUCCUGCCCAGUGCUACAUGCUGUCAAGUUUUUGAACCCAAGUCUUUUGCAUGUGUUAAUUACCACCCUGAGAUUAGAGCACUAACCUGUUGAUUUUAAUACCUGAGAUAACGCCGCUGUUGCAGCUGCGAAUUUUGC